CGGAGGCUGUUAUCUGGCUUUCUGGGUGACCCCAUCGCAUCUCCAAUGGACUGGAGAUUCUUCCCUCUCCCUCUCUUCCACUAUCAACGAACAAUUUUUUUCUUCUUUUCUUCAUCACAAACUGCCUAAUGCGAAGUUUCUGACUUUUUUUUGCUGAGGGGUCAAAAGACCAAGAUUUUGAUCCUCAAAAAGGUCUCACGGGUCUUCAUUAAUAAUGCCAAAAUGAGGAAGCGACAAACUCAUGUUGACUUCUUUAGUUGAUCAUCCAAAAAAGUCCCAAAAACAAUGACGAAUUGGAAAGCUUCGCAUCUGAAUGUCUUCAAUAGCAAUUUUAGCAUAAAAGUUUUUCUUUGAUAGUUUUUUUUUGUCCUUUUUAGAUUUUUUGAUUGUAAAAGAUUAAAGAUGCUACUAUAAAUUUCACGGACAUCCGAAAUAGAAGCACAUAUACCUAUUAAAAAUUUAAUGGGAGUAAUUAAUUAACAUUGUUUAUAUAAAGGCAGUGUUGUUGGUGGAAAAUUGCCAUAGUUUAAAUGGAACACCUACUAAAGUGAAGCAAAAUGAAGGAAAUUCUUUUGAGUUUAUUAAUUCUUCUACUGUAUCUGUGUGUGAUUGAUGUUAAAGUUCUCGGUGAAGAAAAGUUCAAUCAUGAGACAAAGAGCAGCCACAGCAGCACUCAAAGAUCAUCUGAAUUUUCAACUCCAAGUGAAGAUCGGAUCCGACUUAAGCGAUUAACUUUGAGGAGCAGUUCAUCGAAUUUUCAAUCAAGUACAGGAAUUCAAAAUCUUAUUGGUUACCCUGUGGUGCUAAAUUCUUCAGAUCAAUCACUCUCGAGUGUGGAGUUCACAAGGAAUUUAACGGAUUUUGUAUCAAAUGUACCAAAAUCAGAAGAGAUUGUACCGAAAUCACUUGAUUCGUCUGAUUCUUCACAAAGGAAAUUUGUAGAAGAUGGAGGAUAUUUAUCAACAAGAAGACCUCUUGUAUGGGAAAAUCCAAUACUUAUUAAUUCCCAAGGAUUGGUUCGUAAAACAACAACAUCAGAAUCGGUAGCAGCAGAAGCAACGAAAUGUUCAACAGCAAUUGAAUCCUCCUCUGCCUCCACACCAACUAGCUCAGCAGAGAGUUCUAAUUCAUCACCAACUAUAACGUCUGAAAUCUAUUCAACAACCACGGAAACAUCUCAAGAAAUUGCUGAUAAUACAAAUGAUCAGCCAACAACAACCAGCGGUAGUUCAACAAUAACUUUAACUGAAGAAAUGUCUUCGACUCUCUCAGUAGUACCGAUAAGUUCUUUGCCAUCUGACUCUGACACUGCUCCAACAACGGCAGUUACAGAAACUGGAAAUUCUUUAGCAUCAACAACUUCAGAAGAAUCAACUGUUAUUUCUUCAACAUCAACAUUUGAAGUACCUUUGGUGAGUUCUUCAACUGUUAUUGAGGUGAUGCCCAGUUCUCCAUCAACAACAUCUGCUGCUGUAUCAGUGAGUUCCCCUUCACCAACAACAAGUACAACUGAAACAACAUCCGAUUCUGCAACAUCAUCACAAUCUUUGUCUUCAACAACAACACCAGUAGAACUUCCGGACACAUCAAGUUCACCAAUCACUUUAGUUGAAGUUAAAGAACCUUCUACUUCUUCCACAACAACAAUAUCGACUGAUACUACAGCAGCUGCAGUUACAAUAUCAUCUACUACAACAACAACAGCCACAACAGCAUCAUACAGUCUUCCCACGGGUAAUUCUGCAGAUGAAAGUGAAAAUAAACCCACACAUCCUGAUCGUGGCUUGAUCCACUUCGCGGACAGCACUGAAUCAACAUUUUUCUACAACAACAAACAUCCAGUUGGUCCAGAGAGUUUUGGGCGACGAAAACGUCCCCGUGAGCACUGGGGGGAUAAGUGGAAUAGACCAAAAGAUUACGACUUCCACCAUCAACACAAUCAAGGUGCACCAAAAUCUCCUGAUGGGAGUCCAGGUGAAGCAGAACGUCCCAAUACGAGUGGUGUGGGUAUAAUUCAACCACGAAGCUUUGAUUUUGGUUCAACAGAAGAUACCAUGAGAUGUGAAUGCCCCUGCCCAGGGACACAACAGUACGUGAAUAAUGAUCUAAGACAAUCCCGGCAUGACUACCGGAAUCGUCGAAGAAUGCAUCAUUUUCACAACUCCCCAGAUUUGUACUGAGCAGCCCCCCUUCCCCGGGAAGUGUCUUAUCAACCAACCAGGCGUCUCCAUUUGUUAAGUACAUAAUGUUGUUACGGCCGUAAAGUAUGCAGAAAUAAAAUUUCUCAAUGUAAUUCGUUGAAUUAUUUAUUGAAAAUAAAAAAAAAUA